ACUCCUAGCACAAGUUUUCAGCUGUGAUCACGUAGUACAGGGAAAAAAGUCGACGAAGGGCGCCAUGGAGCUGGAGCUGGGGCUUGCGCCGCCCAACCACACGGGCCCGUGCGGGAAGAGGAGAUCGGCGGAGGCGUUUGGCAUCAAGAAGCCCGCGCUGCCACUCUUCCUGCGCGACGACGACGACGACGGUGACCACGGCAACGGCGCUGGCGACGCCCGCGACUGGGAGACGGACAGCAAGAGGAAGAGGCUGGUGGGGUGGCCGCCGGUGAAGAGCGCGCCCCGCCAGCGCAGCCGCAGCAACGGCGGCCACGUGAAGGUGAAGAUGGAAGGGGUGCCCAUCGGAAGGAAGGUGGACCUGUCUGGCCACGCCUCCUACGACGAGCUCCACCACACGCUCCACCUCAUGUUCCCCUCCCCCGCUCACCAAGGUGAUCCAUACGCCGUCACCUACGAGGACGGGGACGGGGACUGGAUGCUCGUCGGAGACGUGCCGUGGGAGGACUUUGUCAGGUCGGCCAAGCGGCUCAAGAUACUACAGUACUUGCCAUUGCCAGUUGAGUUUGGGCGUCAUGGAUCUGCACCGGCCGCCGUGUGUGACUAGUUAGUUUUAGCUCACUGAAUAACUUUUGUACAUGUUGUCGUCAUGUCGACCAGUAUGGGACUUUCUA